AUGGGGUUGUCCCUGAGGAAACGGGCCAGUCUGGGGAGGCUGGGCCUGGGGCAGCACAGGCAGCACAGGCAGCACGUGAUGCAAUUACAGCAGGCCCCGAUUGCUGGAACUGUGUUUCUUGCAGCUAGAACUGCAAGAGCUGCAGGAGCUGCAAAAACAAAGGUGUCUGGAGAAGAGAGGUCUACUAAGGCCUGGCUCAUAGACAUCCCUUCACAGACAAGCUGUUGCUCUAAUUCCGGUGCUAAGAACCGAAUUAGGUUUUUCAGAAGUUUUCGGGACGCCGGUCAGCUGAUCCAGUACUUGAUUCAAACGGUCAAAUUGAUUUUAUUUUUAAUUCCGACUGGAAUUAAAGAAGAUUGUGAAUAUACUAAAAAUAUUAUUUGA